AUGGGGAGAAAUGGUUCAAGAUCUAUGUCGUACACUCACCGCUCCAAUUCCUAUCGCCAUAGUCGGAGAAGCAUAAGAUACCCAAGUCCUUCCCCCUAUCAUUCCACUACCCGUCCCAGGAGAAGCAGCCGUUCAAGUUUCCUCAGCCGCCAACGCAGAAAGAAGUUUAAGAAAGAGGAAGAAGAGAAGAAAAGGAGUGAAGCAGAGUUGAAGAAGUUAGAAGAAGAUGCAGCUAGGAGGAUGGAAGAACUAAUUCAGAAGAAUGUUGAAGAAAUGUUAAACUCUGAAGAGACUAAAUUAGAAAUACAGGGGCGAAUAGAGGAAGGUCCCAAGAAGUUGUUUGAUGAUGUUGAUGUGCAGCUUGAGAAAGAGAAAGAAGUCGCUCUUACUGCUACAAGACAAAAAGAAGAACAAGCUCGAAAAGAGAGAGAAGAGAUAGAUAAAAUGCUGGAAGAGAAUAGAAGAAGGGUAGAAAAAGCUCAGCGACAAUUAGUUCUGGAGCUGCAACGGAAGGAAGAAGAACAAUAUUGUGAGCUCAAGUUGAUUCAGAGACAAAAAGAGGAGGCAGCUCGGAGAACUAAGCCAGAUGAUAAGAGUUUGAGUUAUGUUUUGAUGGGAGCCAGUGAAGAGUCAAAAGCUUACAGACUCUAUGAUAUAGAAGUGGCCGAUGAAAAUAAUGAUAUAGAAGCAGCCGAUGAAAAUAAUGAUAUAGAAGCGACCGAUGAAAAUAAUGAUAUAGAAGCGAACGAUGAAAAUAAUGAUAUAGAAGCGACCGAUGAAAAUAAUGAUAUAGAAGUGGCAGAUGAAAAUACUGCAGAAGAAAAUAUUUCCUCUGGCUCUUUGGCUGAAGCAAGCUCUCCUAGCUCGAAUAAGGCGAGGAAUAAGAGACCACUAGUCUAG